UGGCUGGAAAACGCUGUAGCAGCAGAUUUUGAAGGAUGUUGGACUGGAAAUAAUUCCUAGAGGGAAUCCUGGGAGUUGUAGUUUUGGAAAUCAGGAUAAAUUGUACUUCGGGGAGAAGCAGGACUACAAUCCCAGAAGCCUUUGAGCAUUUCUGGGAAAGGCCACGACUUCCUGAAAGGCUGAGAAAAGGAAUAACAGCAAUGCCAACCGCUCCUUAGUAUUUGCAAAUAACGAGUCGCGUGCGUGGGAAGGGGAUUCAAGAGCACAUCUUUUCUGCUCCCAAGAGUUGCCGUGGUUUCUCCUUAUUUGAAUACACCUUUUGGGAGUAUUUUCUGUGGGCCAACAUGGGCUGCCGAGAUGUUCAUGCAGUGACAGUACUGGCCUUCCUCAGUGGAACAGCCUCGGUAGCAGGACUUUUUGCUGCAGUUUUACUUCCGAACUGGAGACUGAUGAGGCUGCACACAUUCAACAAAAAUGAAAAGAAUUUGACAGUUUACACUGGACUCUGGAUUAAGUGUGCGCGCUUUGAUGGAAGCAGAGACUGUGUGAUAUAUGACACAGAGUGGUACACGGCAGUCGAUCAGCUGGAUUUACGGGUUCUCCAAUUUGCGCUCCCCUGUAGUAUGCUAACUACUGUCUCGGCUCUGCUGCUGUGUUUGAUCGGCAUGUGUAACACGGCCUUUGUGUCAAGUGUACCAAACAUCAAACUUGCUAAAUGUCUUGUAAAUAGUCCAGGCUGCCACCUUGUGGCUGGUCUGUUGUUUCUACUUGCAUGUGCCAUUUGUCUCACACCAUCAAUCUGGGUAAUUUUUUAUAACAACUACCUGAACAAAAAAUAUGAGCCAGUUUUUACCUUUGAUGUUUCAGUAUAUAUUACCAUUGCCAGUGCAGGAGGCCUGUUUUUCACUUCAGUUCUGUUAUUUCUGUGGUAUUGUGCAUGCAAAACCUUACCGUCCCCAUUCUGGCAGCCUCUCUAUUCCCAUGCCUCAAGCAGGCACAGCUAUGCCUCCCAGCCCUAUUCUGCACGAUCUCGUCUCUCUGCUAUUGAAAUUGACAUUCCUGUUGUAACACACACCUCUUAAAGAAAACAAAACAUGUUUCAAAAGCCAAAUGUUUAUCCUGGCUCAAACCCUGGAAAUUGAAGGCCUGAUUCUCUGCUGCUUGGCCCAUGUUUAAUCAUUUACACUUGUGCAAAGUGGAUGUAAUAUAUUCCCAAAUCAGACUGUACAAGGUUGAAGACCAUAGAGAAUUGGGUCCAUAAUAUUUUUAAGUCUCUUACUUUUUAAUGUAUUCUGACCGCUCUCUUCUUUGAAUUUACUCCUAGAAAAUAUUGACUGCUGCUAAUGCUGUAAUGACAUGCUAUUAAUCAAAAAUAAUUUUUACAGAGACCUUCUGGCACAUUCACUCCCCCUCCUGCUUAUUCAAACCAAAGGUGUUUUGAAUAACUUUACUGAUUUGAUGAGCUAUUCCUAGGUCCCAAUCCUGCAAUAAGAACCAUAUAGGUAGACCCAUUCCACCAUGCAUUGCCCUACUAAAGACAAUGGGGCUUUUUGUGGGGUGCGGUUCCCAUUGCAGGAUGGCACACUCUGGAAAAAUAUGAUCUGCCAGUUGGAGCAGGAGAAUGAGUAGGAAAUGAGCUAAAAAGCCUUGCAUGUAUUUUGGGAUGUGAUCUCUGAAAACAGUAUUGGACAAACUAAUUAAGUCUUGUUACAAUGUUCUUUGUUUUCCACGGGGCAUAAACAAACCCUUCUGCCUGUGAACUUCAAAUGCAGCAUUAGUAUCAAAUUACCCUUUAAUCUCAAAGUAAAAAUCAGAGAUAUAAAAAAAAAAAAAACAGUCCAAUUAAUAGUUCUCAGUCCUAUUGCAAUGGCCCCUAGGCUAAAUCUCAGAGGUUGGGAUUUUCCCUCUGCUCUUCUUCAGUGCAUUUUCAUUCCAUUCAGUGGAUUUUGAUAAAUUAUGAAUCUCAUCAGAUUUUUCCAUUUUAUGAUUUAUUUAAAAAUACCACUUAUAAUUCAAAUAUUUUGGUUUAAAACUUGAAUAUUGUAUUUUAAGGGGCAUCGUCAUCAAGUAGUACAAGCCUAAAUUGAAAACUGCUUAGCAUUAUUCUGUUCUGGAGCAGAAUGUCCUCCAGAUUUCAAAUGUAUUGCAUAAACCUUGAACAGUUUUACAGACUAUUGAACACUGUUUGCUGUAUUAUAAACAGGCUAUCAACAUGCCUCUCUGGGAAGCAGAUUGUAACCACAUGGGGAAAGAUUCAUCAUUCUGGAUGUCUUAUGUAUAUAUUAAUGAAAACAGGCUUAUGUAUUUUCAAAGGUGAUAUUAAUGGCAAGUUGUUGUUUUUUUUUAAGUGGUGGUUGUCAGGAUUUUCAGGCUAUAUCUUAUUUACAGAUAAGGAUUUCACCUUUCCAACCCUUGGCUUCAAUAUCUCUCCCUAUUCAAUUGUGUUUUAGACCCAACUUGCUUUCUAGGCUCCCUUUAAAGAGAAGUUUCCAUCCCUCUAAAAUGAGGUCCCUAGUAAUCUGUAAGCUUCAUAAGUACACAUAUAAGCUAAGAUUUUUUGAAGUUUAAGUGAUUGUAAACCCCAAAUUUGAGACACAUUAAAGGACCCUAAUUUUUCAUAAAGUGCUAGUGCACACCCUCUGAAAAAUCAAGGUUUCUUAGGUUAGGCACUGAAAAUUACUGGUCACAUCUGAAAAUCCUGGCCUUACACUGAAGUGUAAUAUUCUCAGUACAGACAUUUCUGACUCACUAUGUUUCUGAUAUGUUCAAAUCUUUUCGUGUCUGAAAAGUGACUUUGUGUUAGUGGUACUGUGGAGUUUGUGUAUUUGUGUGUCAUUAACUCUAUAGCAAAUUUUCUCCGUUCGCAAUUUAAAAAUGGAAGAAAAAUUGUUUCUAAUUCCUUGCCUUGUAAACAUAACGUGGGAUCUAAGAGUCAAGCUGGGAUCUUUUCCUUCUCCA